AUGACGGAGCGGGGCUCGGCGCCGGCACCGCUUGCGGCGGAAGGCACCGGGGCGCCUGCUGCCGAGAGCCCACGGGCAGGGCAAAAAAGCCGGUGGCCGCCCCUGUUUCGGCGGCGCGGCACGGCGCAGAGCACGCCGCCUGCCGAGACGGUGGAGAUGCAGCCCGUCGCGGCACAGCGCGACGCACGCAAGCCUGCGCGCCAGCUCCAAUUUGCGAAUACAGCGGUGAGCGUCCGGCCGGAGGAUCUGCCAGAGGGGUACGAGCCCGGGGACGAGUACCGCGGGCUCGAUGCGUACCUCGCGGCGCGCAGCACGCAGCGCAGGCAGAAACGCCGCCAGGAGCGGCGCGCCGCCCUCGCACAGUCCCAGUUCGCACGCAGGCGGACGGAAGAGAGCGACUCGGACUCGGAUCAUAGCUCAUCGGGCAGCUCGAGCUCGAGCCAGACGGCGCAGGGCGGCAUGGCUCGCCUGCGUGCCCUCUUUGGCGACUCGGACAGCUCGAGCUCGAGCUCGAGCUCGGACUCGAGCGACACCGAGUCGGACGGGGCCACGUCGAUCGCAUCAGGCACAACACGCUCGGCCGUGGACCACGACACAGACCGCAUGUCGCUCAUGAGCCGCCGCUCACGGCACACACGCUUCGAGGGAUCGACGACCGACUCGCCGGCGCUCCCUUCGGCGCUCUCGGCGUGGACACCGCGCCUCGGCGGACGGCCGGGGCGGCGGCGGCGGCGGCGCAGAAAGCGCCGCGCCAACCGCGAAGCGGUCCACAUGCAAAAGGCGAGCCGCAAGGCUCGGCGCAAUGCGCGCCGCCUCCGCGAGAUCGCAGGAGGCGUCACGGAGUAUGCACUGUACGCGCCGACGGCGCCGGGCGAGGAUCCUUUACUCCGCGCUCAGUCGUGGCGGGCCGUGCAGGACCGUCUGCACUACUACUUUAUGUACUAUGCGCAGCGCGACGGCCACGCCGGCGAUCUCGGCGCACCGAGUGCAUCGGAUACACACGCGCCACAGACCUCGACACCGCGGCAGGACGACGAGCUGGACAUGGGCUUACCCCCGCCUGCACUUGACAUGCCGUCCGAAGACACCUCGUUCCAGGAACUCGACGACGACCAGGAAUGGUACGAGCGCGAGCGGAGCACCGGACGACACAUGUCCGACGUCCCGCUCACGCCCUUGUUUCGCACGCGGCCCAGCACGGAAUGGGUGUCGCCGAUCCCCUUUGCACGGACGCCGGGGCCGGGGCGCGCGGCGCGCACGCCGCGCAGCAACGUGCCGACGAUCGCCGAAGAGGGGACGCUCGACGACCUCGACGCGCCGCUGCUGGGUGAGCCGAUGCUCGCGCUGCCACGUGCGGCGAAGCAGUCGCCCCGCGCGCCGCCGAUCGCCGACGUGCUUCCUCCGCCGAAUCCACCGGCGGAGCUGCGUGCGAACCCGUGGUGGCUCGAUAUCCACUGCCCGACGUACAAGGACAUGCAGCAGCUGAGCCUGCUCUUUCCGCUGCACCCGCUAACGGUCGAGGAUAUCCUGAAGCAGGAGCCGCGCGAAAAGGUCGAGUCGUUCGACCGGCUCGGCUACUAUUUUGUCGUGGUACGUGCGCUGGACGAGAGCUACUUUCGCUUUACGCGCGGCGGCAAGGACCCCGGCAUGAUCUCGCCGCGGCUCGUCGAAGAACAGAUGGACAAGGCGCGCCUCGCGCACGAAUAUGAUGCGAUGGACGAGAAGAUGCCCGGGCAGUCGCUCGUGAGCCUCGAGAUCUGUACUGACGAACGGUCCAAAGAGGGUCUCGAGGGUCUGAACGCCGGCAGCGUGAGCAUGUACCUCGUCGUCUUUGCGCACGGCGUCCUCUCGUUUCACUUUGAAGACGUGCGCAAGCACACGGACCGCGUGCGAUCGCGCCUCGAAAGCCACGUCUUUCCCACCGACUUUAGCUCGGAGUGGAUCGUGCACGGGCUGUACGACUCGAUCGUCGACGCCUUUACCCCCUACGUUACUUUCCUGCGAACGCAGGUCGGCGAGAUCGAGGCGCUCUCCAACGAUCUGGGCAUAUCCCCCUUUAAAGAACCGGAGCCGAAAGAGAAGCGCCCGAUGCGCAAGCCCUUCCGCUCGUGGCGCCGGAAGGCGAAGCCCGCGCAGCUUGAUACCCACCUCGACACCCCGCUCGGGGCCAUGGAAGGCACGUCGAACGCCAAGCACGACAAAAAGAGCUCGUCGUUUUCGACGGUGGACGCCGUGCGCCAGAGCCGCUUCAUUUGGCAUUUGUCGCACACGCGCGAGAUUGUCACGGGCCUUUCGCGCCUGCUGAUUCCCAAGACCGACGUGCUCCGUGGGUUCCGCAAGCGUCUCUCUGAUGCCGAGGCGGAGAUGGACGAAAGCAUGAUUAUCUUGUACAUGGACGAUAUCUUUGACCACGUCGCCUUGAUGCUUGUCCAGCUGCACGACCGCGAGAACGCGCUCUCACAUACCCACAAUUCGUUCCUUGCGCGUUCUCAAAUCGCCAACAAACGCUUCCAGAUCGGAAAAAUCAAAUACCUCUUGCUCGCGGCGUCCGUGGCCUCGGGCACGCUCAUGUGCCAGCUGGCCACGAGCACGUUCUCGAUGAACGUCAUGGUCCCGCUAGAAAACCAAAUGGAUGGCCGCCCCCAUACCUCCUUCUACGGAUUUGGUGCGAUCAUUGCGUUUGUUGGAUGUGUGCCAUUCAUUAUAUACGCAUACUAUCGCUUGGUCAAGCGACUGGUCAUGCUCCAAGCCAAUACCACGACCGUCCACUGGUAG